CCCGGGGACCUCAUAUCAGUGGAAGCAAUGGAGAUUAGAGGAUGGUUCAUGAUUUCCAUCUUUGUGGCGGGUGUUUGGAGCCACUGCUGUCCCCCUAAACAGUUUGAAGUCACCGAAGAUAUCUAUGCUGCGGUAAAGACGAACGGUUUCGUAACAAUUACACGGGGAAUGCAACGAGUUGCUUACGAUGUGGUUGGGAAACGCUUAGCUGUACAUGGUGUAGACUACACCAAAAAUAUUACUUCUGACGUCAUCAUGGAUUAUAAAGCGGGUAAAGAAUACGUUUGGGCCAAUGGCGUAUGCCGUGUACUUCCAAUAGCAAACUUCAGCGAGUCAUGUGUACCAGAGGGAGCGAAACUGUUGGAUAGAACAUACAUGGGUCAACCACCUAACGAAGUCCCGGUUAACAUGUAUAACUUCAGAAAGGACACUAAUGAUGUUUAUGCUACAGUCACCGAGGACUGCAUACCGAUGGAGGCUCAUUUUUCAAGUGAGGAGAAAGGUUAUAUUGAGUUCAUCGUUUAUUCGAACUUUUCUCUGGGAAUAACAAAUCCAAGCGUGUUUACUCCCCCCGACAUAUGUGUUCAUCAUGGACAGACCCUUCCUCACGUUACAGUACAGAGAAGACGUGGUGUAGCACUGAUAUGAUUCGUCUUAUCACCUAUUAAAAUGUAUUGCCGGUGUAUUUAAUUAAUGGAAGAAUAAACUGAUAUUUAAAAAUUAAA